GACGCACCGAUAGUCAAGUUCAAAAAGCGCGGCGCAAAAGCCGCACCGCGCAAGCCAGCAGCGCCACCACCCUCGGACUCGGAUUCCGCGUCAUCUGGCUCCGAGGCCGAAAACGAAGACGGCCGCGUCGUCAAGCGCCGCAAGACGACCGCCAGCGCGCUCAGAGCCUCGACUGCGGCCCAGAAACGCAGCGCCGGGGGGGUUGAAGGCACAACGCAAUACGCCGCCAACCGCUCGGGCGAGAUCCAAGCCAACUCUGACGCGACCAAGCAAUCGAACUGGUUCGAAGGCGAGAGCCCCGCGCCAUCGGCAAAAGAGCUGCUGGGCAGCACGCGCGCGUUAUCCUCGAAACAGCCGACAUUCGUGGAGAAGCCCGCCGACGCGCCGCGCAAGGCGCUGGGCCCGCAGAAGGGAAGCAGCAACGUGCGGACCAUCACGACAACCGACUACACGCCCGACGUGUGCAAGGACUACAAGCAAACGGGCUUCUGCGGGUUCGGCGACAACUGCAAGUUCCUGCACGCGCGCGAGGACUACGCGGCGGGGUGGAAGCUGGACCGGGAGUGGGAGCUGUCACAGCUGGGGGGCAAAAAGGGAAAAGCAACGGGGACAGUCGUGGCGAGCGCGAACCGCGGUGCCGACAAUGGGGAUGCGGGCGCAGACGCUGUGGAUCUCGCGCUGCUGGAGAAGAUACCGUUCGCGUGCAUACUGUGCAAGGCGCCGUACAAGAGCCCGAUUGUGACAAAGUGCGGGCACUACUUCUGCGAGCCGUGUGCGCUGAAGCGGUACCGGCGCGAUCCGACGUGUGCGGCGUGCAGCGCUAAGACGUACGGCGUGUUCAACGGCGCCAAGAAUCUGGCGCGGUUGCUAGAGAAGAAGCAGAAGUGGGAGGAUAGGAAAAAGGCCGAAGCCGAGGCCGAGGCGGCGGAG